AAGUUCGAUGCUUCUUCGCACAAUCGGAAGCGAAAGUUCGAACAUGUCCCGAGGAUGGAUGACGCCCCGAAACGAAGACGAGCAAGGGAAGACAAGGGCAAUGUGACUCGGCCUAUCAGCUUCAAAGAGUUGGAACAAAUCAGCAGAGAAUCAUCGCCAGCUUUAAAGCUCAUCAAUGAAGCGGAAAGGUUCGAGGCGCUGUUGGCUUCAGAGAAGUUAAGCAACGAAGAAUCGAACCCAGAGUUUCUAAAGCUGGUUAUUUCUGCUUUUUAUCUUCUAUGCUCAGCAAACAAUCUCAUCGCCGAAAACGUCGACAGGAUUUUACGUUCUCCCACUGCAAAGAAUUUCAUUGCAGGAACGGUUUUAUCGAGUUUUAUCAACGAAAUGCCUCAUGCUAACCAUUGGAAAGACGAAAAUGAUCGUUUUUGCACAGUGAGUAAUCUGACGGUAAUUUUUGUCACAUUUCUUCAGAAAUUUGGUAAAGAUCUUGUUUACAAGCUACCACUGGCACAGCUUAGCACUUCGGUGAAGGAGCUAAAAGAGUUGAAUCUGGUUCAAGACGUCGAUCAUCUUGACGAGAAGAUCCAGCAAUUGGAAGAAUUGAGAAGUGAAGCAAUUCGUUGUGCAAAGUUUGCAAAUGAUCAGAAGUCACAAGGUGAACCACCAGAAAACUUCAGAGAGUUAAGCGUCAUCCCUCAAGUAGAAGAUCUAAUUGCCAGACCCUUCCUUCGCGAAAACAUCACCGACAGAAGGUUUAAAGACUUGGACCACUAUCUAGAUGUGCAGUUUCGUCUCCUGAGGGAGGACUUUGUGAAACCUCUUCGUGAUGGAAUACAUCAACUGAAAAAGAGCAGUGCCCUGGAACCUAAUCAUGAAUACAAACUUAAACGCGCCAAUGAAAUUCAUGUUUAUCAUGACGUCACCAUCCAGUUUCCCGUAUGUGGUAGAAAAAGCCGACUUUACAAAAUCAGGUUUGACUCAUCUCAUCAAAAAGUAGCGCGAGUGAACUGGGAUCGAACUAAGCGACUGAAAUAUGGAACACUGCUUUGUCUUUCAGCAGACGACUUUAAUACGCUGGUAUUCGCUACCGUGGAAAAUCCAGAUUCUAAGGAACUUAAGGAAGGACUAUUGGAGGUACGUUUCGGGAACAUUAGCUCGGAGGAGGUGAACCAGUUUCUUGAGGAAAAGCAGAUUUUUGUCAUGAUAGAGUCUCCAGCCUAUUUUGAAUCUUACAGACACGUGCUUGAAGCUCUCAAGGAGAUAAAUUCUCAAUUUCCUUUCCAGAAGCAGAUUGUGGAGUGCUGCGGGGAUGUCGAGCCACCUGAGUAUCAAAUCCAAGAAGAAAACGACAGCAAGUUCAAGUUUCAUUUUGAUGGCGUCUUAGAUGCAAAAAGGGAGGCAUAUUCAGAACUUCCUGAGUUGGCUGAACAGCAGGAUUUCCCAUCUACCAUGGAAAUUGUGUCGGAUGCCUCGGCGGGUGUGGAAAUAUCUCUGGAGAACGAAAUCCCAUCAGCUUUACAAGAGUGCCAGUGCACCCCAAACGACCAUUGUUGGCCAGACAGGGAGAGUCUCGGGCUCAAUGAAUCGCAGAUGCGCGCAUUCAAAAUGGCGCUGACCAAAAGGUUAGCCGUAAUUCAAGGGCCCCCAGGGACUGGGAAGACAUAUGUGGGUUGGAAGAUUGCACGUGUUCUUUUACAGACCCCCUCUCUCUGGGAGGAUGAGAAGGAACGGAAACCAAUCUUAAUGGUGUCCUACACAAAUCACGCCUUGGACCAGUUUUUGGAAGGAGUCCUGUCAACAACGAAAAAUGUCAUUCGUGUUGGUGGCCGUAAAAUUAGCGGAAAACUUGAAAAUUAUUCCUUGAAGAACCUUCGCUGGAAAAUACGUUGGAAAAAAGUGGUUCCAGAUGAAAUUUACAGAGCCAGAUUGAAGACUGAAAAUGACACUAAGGGGCAAAAAUUCUUCUCCAAAAGAUCUUUCGCUAUUUUACGAAGUUUGAGAACCAGCGUGGUGUCCAUGAAAGUCCUUGGUCAUCAUGAUUAUGCGCUGAAAGCACAUUACUCCCAACUUGAUGAAGAAGCUGGACCGAAAUCAAUUGACGAAGCUCUUCUCGACUGGCUGCGAAUUAAUAGGCGAGAUAAACGUGAACAAGAAUUCCCUCUUUAUGGCGAUUUGGAUGGAGAAGUAUAUGGUUAUGGCUAUGAUGCAGAUUUUGACAACGAGCCUUUUGACGACAAAGACCUCAACCACAUGGCUCAUAGCAAUGAAAUAGCAAUCCUCUCGCCUGAAGACACGACCUACCCUGAGGAGAUAAGACGAAAUAUUUUAAGUGAAGAGUUCAUGACAGGAGACGAGGAGAUGCAUCUGGAUGAUAUUUACCGGUUGGAAACAAAAGAUCGCUGGAGACUUUACAGGCUGUGGAGAAAGAGGGCAGAGGAAUAUCAUCAGAAGCUCUUCCUAACGAGGCAAAACGAGUAUGAUCAAGCUGUAGAAAGAGAGCAGGAGAUCAUUAGAAUGGAAGAAUACGAAGUUCUGCGUGAGGCAUGUGUCAUUGGCAUGACGACCACGUGUGCCGCAAAAUACCGCAGCAUUCUCAAGGAGAUCCGCCCCAGGAUCGUCAUAGUCGAAGAAGCCGCUGAAGUACUGGAGGCUCACAUCAUUGCGUCAUUGACCUCAGGCUGUCAGCAUUUGAUUUUAAUCGGUGAUCAUCAGCAGCUGAGACCCACCCCCGCAGUCUAUGAUUUAGCCAAGAGGUACAAGUUGGAUGUGUCCCUGUUUGAGCGAAUGGUGAAUGUUGGAAUUCAGUGUGAGACGCUAAACGUACAGCAUCGUAUGAGACCUGAAAUCUCUGCCUUGAUGAAACACAUUUAUGACGAUCUAGAGAAUCACGAGUCGGUGGAGAAAUAUGAAGAUAUCAAAGGAAUGAAAAAGAACAUGUUCUUUAUCAAUCACAACUACAUGGAAGAUUCUUGUAAUCAGUCGCACAGCCACGUGAAUGAGCACGAAGCCAAGUUUUUGGUCGCGCUAUGUCGACAUUUAAUGCAGCAAGGAUACAAAGCCGAUCAAAUUACCCUGCUGACAACCUACACGGGACAGAUGUACGCCAUUAGAGACUGCCUUCAAGAAGAAGAUGCUAUCAAGGAACCCCUUAAACCUGAAAACGAUUCAUCCUUCAGAGGUGUGCGUGUGACAACAGUUGACAACUUCCAAGGUGAAGAAAACGACAUCAUCCUUCUGUCGCUCGUGCGCAGUAACAAAGAUGAGAAAGUCGGAUUCAUCAAGAUUGUUAACCGCGCAUGCGUUGCUCUUUCGCGUGCAAGAAAAGGUUUCUACUGCAUUGGAAAUUUUGGACUUCUCUCAAAACACAGUGACAUUUGGAAGAAGAUUGUUACAGAUUUGAAAGCUAGUAGCAGUAUUGGAAACGUCUUGCCCGUCGUUUGUCAAAUCCAUAACGAUGAAAUCAGUGUUAAAACAGCAGAAGAUUUUAAUACAAAAGUUCCCAUGGGAGGGUGUCAACGACCAUGUGCGGUGCGCCUGAAAUGCGGUCAUGCGUGCCCGUUGGCAUGUCAUCCUUCUGACAGAGAUCACGUGGAAUUUCGCUGUCAAAAACCCUGUGAAAAGAAAAGGGCAAGAUGUGACCAUACGUGCCCAAAGCGUUGCUGGGAGGUCUGUGAGCAAAACUGUGAAAUAGAGGUUGAGAAAGAGUUGCCAAUCUGUGGUCACACUAUGCUGGUAAGAUGUGACACUAAUCCCGUGAUGCUGAAAUGCCAAAAACGGUGUGAGAAGGACCUUUCAUGUGGUCAUAGAUGUCAAAGCAAAUGUGGAGAAAGCUGCACGGAGAAAUGCCGCGAGAUUGUCAAGAAAACCGAUUGGCCUUGUGGACAUCUAGUCUCUAUCGCCUGCUCGGCAACUCCUAAUGAUUGUUUUCAUCCUUGCGAAGCCACGUUGGAAUGUGGUCACGCGUGCUCUGGUACUUGUGGCGAGUGUCGCAUGGGUCGUAUUCACAAACGAUGCAAGCUGCAUUGUGGUCGUGUUCUGAUUUGUUCCCAUUCGUGCAUGUCGCGUUGUAAAGAGUCGUGUCCGCCGUGUAGCGCGAAGUGUGAAAACUUGUGCGGGCACAGUGAAUGCCCAGAAAAGUGUGGAGAGCCGUGUACACCUUGCCAAGAGGAAUGUCUUUGGAAGUGUCCUCAUCACGCUUGUACCAAGAAGUGCAGUGAGAUGUGUGAAAGACCAAGAUGUAACGAACCAUGCAACCAAGUAUUGUCUUGUGGCCACGACUGCUGUGGUUUGUGCAAAGAAGAGUGCAUUUGUGCUGAGUGUACUCCAGUGAGAGAGAUUUUCUUCGGAACGGAGGAAAACGAAUCUGCUCGGUUCCUCAAGCUUCCAGACUGCCAGCAUGUCUUUGAAGUAACUUGCCUGGAUAGAUGGAUGGACCAAGAUGAUGGUGUGAUUAGGCGAAAGCAGUGUCCGCGAUGUAAUACACCAGUCCGCAAGAGCCUGCGAUACGGAAAUGUCAUCAAACAGCAGCGACAAGAUAUCGAGCGAGUGAAAAGAGAAUUGAUGGGAAACAAGACAGAAUUGGAAAGGAAGAAAAGAAGACUGUUCGUUCGUGCUAGUGAGAUGUUAAAGACGGUUGACCAAAGUGUCAAAGCAUACUUAGAAAAACGGAAAAACAGUAUAUGGGAAACAAUGAAAUCUGAGAUGAUAGCCGCGAUCAUUGAAAACCAGCUCAUGCUGGUUCAGCGUUUGGACUCGACAGGAAAGAAAAUGCAAAGCGUUCUAGGAACGGUGUAUCCAGAGAACUGCUCUGAAAAGAAGUUACAGCGCCAGCGAAUGACCGAGGAGCUGAGCUACCUAAAGAAGCGGCUCCUGUCUGACAGAGUAGGGCAGCUAGAGCUGCGAGACAUUAACACCGAAUUCUCGAGACUCAAUCUUCAACUGGAGCUGUAUUCGCUGAACUGUGACAUCAGGAGCCUGAAAGUGGAGUUAGACGAACCUUCCCGCCAAAUGAUGACUGCAAUACAAAAGGAACUUUCCGGCGGUCAACGCAUAGCAGACGAAGAACUGGAUAAACUAGUGAAUAACAUUGCAACUAUACGGACAACCAAUCCCCGCUUAAACAAAUUGACGCCAGAAGAAAAAAAACAGAUUGUGACUGCCAUGAACCUUAAACCCGGGCAUUGGCACAAAUGUCCCCAGGGACAUAUCUACGUCAUUACAGAGUGUGGCGGCGCUAUGGAGAAAAGCAAGUGUCCUGAUUGCGGAGCUGUGAUUGGUGGAGAAAAUCACAAACUUGCACAAGACAACCAAUUGGCGACUGAGAUGGAUGGUGCAAGGUACUCGGCCUGGUCUGAACAGGCAAACUUAGCUAACUAUGGAAACUUAGAUGAAAUAGUAUGACUUUUUAUGUUAAUAGAGCCCAUUAAGACUGGGUGUCGUUCGAAGAAAACCACGUUUAUCAUGAUAGUCAUUCAGAAAGGUAGAGUAAUGUUAGAAGCUGGCGGGAACGCAAAUGAAAAGCGCGGGAAAACGAGAGUGACUGAUUUUAGUUUUGCACUCGAAUGGUUUAGAGGUUGGCUCGAGUUUUCUAAAGCAAUCAAGGAGCGAAUUAAGGCAAAAGUAAUGUAGUCCAAGAUCACAUCUGACACUCAGUUGAAACGGCGUCAAGAUAAAUCAUCCAUAAAACUAUUUUAUUGCUUUGAUUUAUAGCUUCUGAUGGUGAUAGGCAAAUUAAUUAUUUUUACUGACGAUCAUAUUACAGUAAUAGGUUUUUUUUUAGUAA